GAGAUAUAAAUAAAAAAGAGAAAAAAAGAAAAAUCUAGCAGUUGCCCCUCGCGUUUGUUCUUCCUUCUCCAACACCAAAACGAAACUUCUCUCUCCAGAGAGUACUUUUGGAUUUCUCUUUAAUCACUCUGCCGGAAUCUCUUCUUCUCUCUGUAGGAAUCUCUUCUUCUCUCUGUAGCAAGCCGGAAAGAACUGAUAGAAAGAAUUGUAGAAAGGUCUUGUCCAUUCAUGGCUUCAAGAUCAUAUGCUAAUCUGUUAGACUUGGCUAAUGGGGACUUGCUUGAUAUACCUCACACUCCAAGAGCUCUUCCAAGGGUUAUGACCGUUCCUGGAAUUAUUUCUGAUCUGGAUGGUUAUGGUUGUAAUGAUGGUGAUUCAGAUGUUAGCUCUUCUGGGUGUAGGGAGCGGAAAAUCAUUGUGGCAAACAUGUUGCCAUUGCAGGCUAAAAGAGAUAUAGAAACUGCUAAAUGGUUCUUCAGUUGGGAUGAGGAUUCAAUUUUAUUACAACUAAAAGAUGGUUUUUCUUCUGAUACUGAAGUAAUCUACGUGGGUUCUCUCAAGGUCGAAAUAGAUCUCUGUGAGCAGGAUGCAGUUGCUCAGAGAUUACUGGAUGAAUUUAAUUGUGUACCUACUUUCCUUCCUCAUGAUCUCCAGAAGAAGUUCUACCUUGGCUUCUGUAAGCAGCAACUUUGGCCUCUCUUUCAUUAUAUGUUACCCAUAUGCCCAGAUCAUGGUGAUCGCUUUGACAGAAUACUUUGGCAGGCCUAUGUUUCUGCAAACAAAAUAUUUGCAGACAAGGUCAUGGAAGUAAUUAAUCCCGAUGAUGAUUUUGUUUGGGUUCAUGACUAUCACUUAAUGGUUUUGCCUACUUUCUUGAGGAAGCGAUAUAAUCGGGUUAAACUUGGAUUCUUUUUGCAUAGUCCUUUCCCUUCUUCUGAAAUAUACCGAACUUUACCAGUACGGGAUGAAAUUUUGAGGGGUUUGUUGAACUCUGAUUUAAUUGGCUUUCAUACAUUUGAUUAUGCUCGCCACUUUCUUUCUUGCUGCAGUAGAAUGCUAGGUCUGGACUAUGAAUCUAAGCGAGGACAUAUAGGGCUCGAUUACUUUGGCCGCACUAUUUUUAUUAAAAUUUUGCCUGUAGGCAUUCACAUGGGUAGACUUGAAUCUGUAUUAAAUCUUUCUUCUACAUCUGCUAAACUGAAAGAGGUUCAGGAAGAGUUUAAGGGUAAGAAAGUAAUUCUUGGUGUUGAUGACAUGGAUAUAUUUAAGGGCAUUAGUCUGAAACUUCUAGCCGUUGAACAUCUGCUGCAGCAGAAUUCAGAUUUGCAGGGCAAAGUUGUCCUAGUUCAAAUUGUAAAUCCUGCAAGGGGCUUAGGGAAGGAUGUUCAAGAAGCAAAGAAUGAAACAUAUUUAAUUGCCAGGAGGAUCAAUGAGACAUAUAGCAAAAAUAAUUAUCAGCCAGUCAUUCUCAUUGACCGACCUGUUCCUCGCUUUGAGAAGAGUGCGUAUUAUGCUGUAGCAGAAUGUUGCAUUGUCAAUGCUGUAAGGGAUGGUAUGAACUUAGUUCCAUACAAAUAUAUAGUCUGUAGACAGGGAACGGCUCGACUGGAUGAAUCUUUGGGUAGAAAAAAUGAUUCUCCUCGGACAAGCAUGCUUGUUGUGUCUGAGUUCAUUGGUUGUUCACCUUCUCUUAGUGGAGCAAUAAGGGUCAAUCCCUGGGACAUAGAUGCCGUGGCCGAUGCUAUGUAUGCUGCCCUUACUAUGAGUGAUUCAGAGAAGCAGUUGCGCCAUGAGAAGCACUAUAGGUAUGUCAGUUCUCAUGAUGUGGCAUAUUGGGCACAUAGCUUUAUGCAGGAUCUGGAGAGAGCCUGCAAAGAUCAUUACACCAAAAGAUGCUGGGGAUUUGGUUUGGGCUUGGGGUUCAGAGUUGUUUCUCUCUCUCAUGGUUUUAGGAAGUUGACGAUUGACCAUGUUGUUUCAGCAUACAAGAGAACCACUAGAAGGGCCAUCUUUCUUGAUUAUGAUGGUACUGUUGUAUCACAAUCUUCCAUAAGUAAAGUCCCCAGCCCUGAAGUCCUCUCCGUCUUAAAUGCUCUCUGUAAUGAUCCCAAGAAUAUCGUGUUCAUUGUUAGUGGGAGGGGAAGGGAUUCACUGAGUGACUGGUUUUGUUCAUGCCAAAAGCUGGGACUUGCUGCAGAACAUGGGUACUUUUUACGGUGGAACAAAGAUUCAGAAUGGGAAUCAAGUCACUUGUCUGCAGACAUGGAUUGGAAGAAGAUAGUGGAACCUGUCAUGCAGUUGUAUACAGAAGCAACUGAUGGUUCUAAUAUUGAAAUUAAGGAAAGUGCUUUGGUGUGGCAUCACCAAGAUGCAGACCCUGAUUUUGGUUCUUGCCAAGCCAAAGAGUUGUUGAAUCACUUGGAAAGUGUGCUUGCUAAUGAACCAGCAGUUGUUACGAGAGGCCAGCAUAUUGUUGAAGUUAAGCCACAGGGAAUAAGCAAGGGCUGGGUAGCUGAAGAGGUUCUUCAGACCAUGAUUAACGGCGGUAAUCCACCAGAUUUUGUACUGUGCAUAGGAGAUGAUAGGUCUGAUGAGGACAUGUUUGAGACCAUUUUGAGGACGGUAUCACUGCCAUCAGCUCCAGAGAUCUUUGCCUGCACUGUAGGUAGGAAGCCUAGCAAGGCCAAGUAUUUUCUUGAUGAUACUAGUGAUGUAGUAAAGUUGCUUCAAGGCCUUGCUGCUUCAUCCAAUCCAAAACCCAGGCAUCUUGCUCACUUUCAGGUCUCCUUUGAGAGCACAAUUUGAGUUACAGACAAGUUAAGACAGCAUUUUUGGUUCAUUGUGCUACUCUUGCGAGGAUUGUGAAUCAAUGAAAUUUUUGGUUAUUAAUCUUAACCUGACAGACAAAUGGUGCGACCGUGUUCUCCGGAUCUAAUUCUUUCUAGGGCUCCUGAACCGGUAUGCGUGGCAUGUGGAAGGCUUUUGUUUAAUACUGCAAUUCAUGGAUAUGCUUGGCAAUUCUUCUCUUGUACAUGGUAACAUCGACAGUUAUAUUUUCUGGUGCCAUCGAGAGAUUUAGUCGUGCUUAAGAAUGUUAGAUCUUAUGGCUGUCAUCACUGGACAAUGGGGCACCGAAACUUGUAUAGUUACGAUACUUUUGUUGCAAUACAUAAUACUUUUCUUGUUUGA